AUGGCAAUGAGAAUUGGUGUGAAAUCCAACCAAUGUUACCGCCUCUUCUAUCGUCUACGUCUCGUCGCAGCUGAGCCUGAGGAGGGCGACACCGAUAAGGGACUCGCAAAGUCGUUGACACUGUUCAAUGGGGUGUCGAUCAUCGUCGGUUGUAUCAUUGGAUCGGGUAUUUUCGUCUCACCAACGGGCGUACAAGAACAGGCCGGUUCUGUCGGUAUGUCACUGAUAGUUUGGACAGCAUCGGGCGCCUUCACUGCCAUCGGUGCAUACUGCUACGCUGAAUUGGGUACACUCAUCAAAAAGUCGGGAGGAGAUUAUGCGUACAUCAUGGAAGCGUUCGGUCCAUUUCUUGCAUUUGUUCGUUUAUGGAUUGAAGCGAUUGUUGUGAGGCCAUGUACGGUCACGAUCGUCGCGCUCACAUUUGCUAUCUACAUUCUUCGACCGUUUUAUCCAGACUGUGACCCUCCAGAUGGUAUUCCAGAACUACUUGCAAUCUUGUUGAUCGUACUGAUGACAGCAGUGAACUGCAUAUCUGUUCGUGCGGCCACAUUCGUGCAAGAUUUCUUCACGAUCGCCAAAGUUUUGGCGCUUGUUUUGAUUAUUGGAACAGGAAUGGUGCUGCUCAUGACAGGAAAACCACAGUACCGUGAAUCGUUCGAGAACAUCUUCGAAAACACUUCUCGAGACUUCUCCACCAUAUCAAUCGCGUUCUACUCCGGUUUAUUCGCUUAUUCAGGAUGGAACUUCCUCAACUUUAUCGUCGAGGAACUGCAAAAUCCAAAGAGGAAUCUUCCACUGUCCAUAGCAAUCUCCAUUUCAACAUGUACCAUUAUCUAUGUGCUCACGAAUGUUGCCCUCUACACCGCAAUUUCGCCUGAUGAAAUGCUAGAAAGCCCUGCUGUAGCAGUGUUGUUCGCAAACAAACUUUUUGGACCAUUCGCUUUUUGCAUGCCGUUAUUCGUCGCAUGCUCUACGAUUGGAUCAGCGAAUGGAGUGAUUUUCACGUCAUCCAGACUUUUCUACGUUGGUGCACGAGAAGGACAAAUGCCUUUGGUGCUCACCAUGAUCAACAAGAACACGAGAACCCCGAUCCCAGCAGUUAUUGCAAUGGGCGUUUUGUCACUAGCAUACCUUAUCUUGUCAAAGAAUGUCUAUUCUCUGAUCAACUACAUUCAAAUCACCUACUGGCUUGCCAUCGGAGCAGCGAUAGCCGCUCUUUUUUAUCUCCGGAAGUCAAUGCCUGAUGCUCCAAGGCCUAUCAAGGUCUCUUUGGUAUGGCCGGCAAUCUUUAUGUGUGGAUGUGUAGCACUUGUUGUGAUUCCAAUUAUGGCAGCACCCAAGGACACAGCCAUUGGUCUCAUGAUCAUGCUUUCCGCGGUGCCUGUGUAUUUAAUUUUCAUCGCUUGGAAAAACAAGCCGAAAUUCGUAGAAAAUAUUUCUGCGUCGUUUACUGUUCUCGUACAGAAGUUGUUUAUGGUUGUCGAUGACAGCAAGGAGGAAUAG